AUGGCUUCUCCUCAGGUCAUCCGCACUCCCAUCACCGAUCUGCUCAAGAUCAACCACCCCGUUCUGCUGGCAGGCAUGAACGUGGCGGCCGGCCCCAAGCUGGCUGCUGCUGUCACCAACGCCGGUGGUCUGGGUGUUAUCGGUGGUGUUGGAUACACCCCCGAGAUGCUGAAGGAGCAGAUCGCUGAGCUGAAGAGCUACUUGACCGACAAGAAGGCUCCUUUCGGUGUUGACUUGCUGCUUCCCCAGGUCGGCGGCAGCGCUCGCAAGACCAAGGUAAGCUCAACGAGCUCGUCGAUAUCGUCAUCCAGGAGGGCGCCAGCCUCUUUGUCUCCGCCGUCGGUGUCCCCCCCCAAGGCUGUUGUUGACAAGCUGCACGGCGCUGGUAUCCUCUGCAUGAACAUGAUCGGUCACCCCAAGCACGUUGCCAAGUGCCUCGCUGUCGGCGUUGAUAUUAUCUGCGCUCAGGGUGGUGAAGGCGGUGGUCACACCGGUGAUGUCCCCACUACCAUCCUGAUUCCCGCCGUCGCCAAGCUCGUUCAGGGCAAGAAGAGCCCUCUGACCGGUCAGCCCGUGCAGGUCAUCGCUGCUGGUGGUCUUUACAACGGUAACUCUGUUGCUGCCGCUCUCAUGCUCGGCGCUUCCGCCGUUUGGAUCGGUACCCGCUUCAUCCUGGCUGAUGAGGCCGGUGCCCCCAAGGCUCACCAGGAGGCUGUCCGUACCGCUGGCUUCGAGGAUAACAUCCGUACCAUUAUCUUCACUGGUCGCCCCAUGCGCGUCCGCAAGAACGAGUACAUUAUGAACUGGGAAGAUAACCGCGCCGAGGAGAUCAAGCAGCUCACUGCCAAGGGUGUUAUCCCCGUCGAGCACGACUUCGAGAACCUGCCCGAUGACGUCGAUGAUGACUACCUUGACAACGCCCGUCCUUAUCUGAUGGGUAAGGUCUCCGCUGUUGUCGAUGAGAAGAAGCCCGCCAAGGCUAUCGUUGAUGAGCUCGUUCACGAUGCUGCUGCUCUCCUGAAGAAGGGUGAAAAGAUGGUUGCUAAGCUGUAA